AUGUGGUUUCUAGCACAGAAAUUGGUGGAUGGAGAUGGAUCUCUAGGAUCAGAAGUCGGGGUUAAGAGUAUAAAAAAAUGGAGACCUCCUCCGAAACCUUGGUUGAAGUGCAAUGUUGGUAGUUAUUGGUCGGAAGCGAAGAAGGAGGGAGGCAUGGCGUGGGUGCUGAGGGAUGAGUUGGGAAAGGUGUUGUUACAUAGUAGAAGAGCAUGGGUUUCGGUUCAAUCGAAGUCGGAUUGCAGUUUUUUGAGUUUAUCGUGGGCAGCGGAAAGUCUGUGCAGUCAUGGUGUGAAGAGAGUGAUUUUUGCCUCGGAAGAUGCGGAUUUGGUUGGUUCUUUGUCUAGGCCGAUUGUUUGGCCAUCUUUCAGGUUACAAACUUCGGAUCUUUAUCAUAUUUUGUCUAAGCUAGGGAGUUGGAGAAUAGAACAGGAAGUGAGAUGCACCAACAGAGGGGCUUAUCUCAUAGCUCGAGGUGCGCUCAAUGAGAGUCAGUGGCAGUCUUAUGUGGCUCGUGGUCAUCCGAAGUGGCUGAACGUGAUCUUCGACGGUGAGAGAGUUCUUCCCUCUGCGUGA